UGACCAACUCGGUCCAUUCAUCUCCCACACCUCUUGCGACUGCUUCGCCUUUAUCUGUGGAGGGGGAGAAUGAAUCCGCCAUGUGGGAGAUGCACAAAACCAGUUUACCCCACGGAGAAAAUCAACUGCCUCGAUAAGUACUGGCACAAAGGCUGUUUCAGCUGCGAGGUGUGCAAGAUGGCGCUGAGCAUGAACAAUUACAAAGGCUUCGACAAGCGGCCUUACUGCAGCAUGCACUAUCCCAAAACCUCCUUCACCAUUGUGGCCGACACUCCCGAGAACCUGCGUCUCAAGCAGCAGAGCAUGCUCAACAGCCAGGCCCUCUACAAGGAGGAGUUUGAGAAGAACAAGGGCAAAGGUUUCAGCGUGGUGGUAGACACGCCGGAGAUGCAGAGGCUGAAGAAGACGCAAGAGCAAAUCAGCGACAUCAAGUACCACGAAGACUUCGAGCGGAGCAAAGUAAGAAGUGACGCACCACCCCCGGAAAACAGGCAAGAAGAGUCGACUAGUCAGGGGAGAAACAACCAAGCAGAUGCACAGGUGUGCGCUAUGCCUGUAGCGCCAUCUGGUGCAAGGAAGCGCUACCAGGCCUUGUACAGCUACACGGCAGCGGAGCCAGAUGAGGUCUCCCUGCAAGAGGGCGACCUCAUCGGCGACGUGGAGUUCAUCGAUGAGGGCUGGCUAUUUGGCAGCAACCAGCGCACGGGCCAGCGGGGAAUGCUGCCCGCCAACUACGUGAGGCCUGUGUGAAAAAGAUUUUACUCACUUAUGUUUACUUGGAACGAGACAUUUUCAAUACUCGCCGUCACGUUCAGCGGCACGUGUCACAAAGGGCAUCCUCCAAAUUUGUGUACCUUGGUUCUAUGAUGAGGGGGCAAAAAAAAAUACUUGUCAAAGACUGAUCUGUUUUGACAUUAAAAAUUUACACAGUGAUCAUAAAAUUCCAAGAAAAAUGGAGACUUAACAAAAUCAAUAACUUUAUUCAAAACAUUUCAAAAACACUCCAUGUAUGUAGAUAAAAAUUCUCUCAAUAUGACUUUUACAUUAAAACAAGACCUUUA